AUGGACUUCGACGAUCCCAAAAACACAAAGUCUUACUCUGACGCGCUGAAGGUCGAUCCUAAUUCAAUUAUUACAACUUCAAUUGAUGUAGUUCCCGUGACUGUUGAGCGAAAACCAUAUCAACCGGGCGUUGACAAGCCUCGACUCGCUCAUGCAGGAGUUGCGAGAGCCAAUCUUGCCGCUACCCACGAGCGUCCCGAGGGAACGACAGAGAAUGAUUGGGCUCAGCGACACCAGGAUCAAACGGACCAUGAUGGUGUGAUCUGGCCACUUGACACCUUUAGAGGCUUCUACCAGCUAGGCUAUGGAAUCAUCCUGUCUCUCAUCUCGGUGCUCAUUAUCCACGGCAACUUCUCAUAUCCAACGCAGUCCUCGCUCCUCCCUGACCCGUUCUUCCGAAUUCAUAUCGACAACAUUCACAAGGAUAAGCAUGGUAGCGACACUGGGACUUAUGACACUGAAGGGCGAUUUAUACCUCAGAAGUUCGAGGACAUAUUCUCCAAGUAUGCGGAAGGUCGUGAUUACUUGACGAUAUGGGACGUCAUUAAUUUGAUAAAGGGUCAACGGCUGAUCGCUGACCCUAUCGGAUGGGGCAGUGCCUUCUUCGAAUGUGAGUAG